AUGAUUAUCAUUUUUUUAUGUAGAUGCAUCAGUACCAUCAUCUUUAUAUGGGCUACUCGUAUUAACAGAGUUGCUAACAUUGAUACGGGUGGUUGUCCCUACAAUAAACUUAAAGAUGGAGAUGAAUGCAAAGACUGCCCUGCUGGAUACUUUGGACUCAACUGCUCUGAUAUGUGUACACAGCCUUCAUACGGAUUUCUAUGUAAUCAAGUGUGUAACUGUUCAGCGUGUCAUCAUAUAUUCGGUUGCAAUUUAACCACUGAAAUCCCAGAGAUUAGAACAUCUACAGUAAAACAUAAGCAGUCGAAUGAAUUACAAAGUGCAGAGAACACUACUCACCAAAAGUUACAAGAAAGUCAGAAAGGUUUUGUUUCAAAACAACGUCGGAAAUUUGUCAAGAUUCGUUCGCAGUUUUGA